AUGGCCGACGUCGAAAGCAACGUCGCAGACGAGUCGUUUGCGCAGUCCGAAACCCAGGACGAGCAGCCCUCGCACAGUACGGUCAGCGCGACGGUCGGCAUCAGGCGUCAGGCGAAUGGCACCAUUGGCUCCGUCUACUCGGGAAACAAAAUCAGGCAUCUGAAAAAGGAAGAUGGCAUGCCGCUCUGGCGCAAGGACAUCCAGUACCAAUUUCUCAAACUUGUCUUCGAGGACAAGACCCCGGUCUUCACUCGAUGGUCCGAUGGCAAGAAGAACUUGGAUUUUGCGGAUAUUUACAUCGAUGCGAUGGCGAGGAGCAGUAAGACGAGCAAGAUUCUCAAGGACAAACUGCAGAGCGAUAAGCAAGCCGCCAUCAACAUGGCGAUGGCACACCAGGACCCCAACGCAUACAAGCAGCUUCAGGAUGCUCCUCGUCUCAAAUCCAUCCUCAAGGGUGCAUCGGAGGAUGUUGACCAGCCGAAUACGCUCGAGAAGAUCAAACGCCAUCCCAUCCCUCGGACUAAUCCGGUGCACCUCAUCUUUGUCCUCGCACAAUACGCACCCAAGGUGUCCGAGUUGCACUUCUUCCCUCCCCGUGAUUUCUUCGACUUGGUCAUGAGAUCCACGCUCAGCAGUAAGAGCCGUGCGAGGGCUUUCUUAUGGCUUAUGUGGUGGUAUUUAGAGAGUGAUUACUCGCGCGAAGCCGCCCUCAACAACCCAUUCGGCCCGGGCCAGGAUGGUGAAGGAGCCGAGGGCUUGCCAAUCAAGGUGCCUAGCUUCGAGAGCCUCACGGAAGAGCAGGCAAACGAGGAAAACGUGGAUACGCCCUCGGAAAUCGAAUACGGUGAAACAAAACGCUUGGAGCGUAAACGCAUUCUGGAAGAGGACGAGCCAUUGCCCAGGCCGCCAAAGCGUCCACGAAAGGCUCCGUUUGACCCCUCAAACAGCGACAAGGUGGUCGCGGGAGAAGGUCCUCCGUACGAAGAUUAUAAUGGAACCAGUUCUAUGCGGCCACCUUCCAAGCGUCCAGCGGAUCAAGAUGAAGGCUAUCUGACGCCUACUCAAUCAUCGCGUUCUGAGUCCAAACGACCGAAGCGGGAGUCGUCUCUCAACCGCUCGGUUGGUCAGCAGCGACUGAUUUUGAAGACUAAGAUGGAGCAGACCCCCGACGCGUCCUCGCCGGCCCCUCCAGGAUCAGGUCAUCCGAUUCUGAAUAGAUUCGUGACCGAAUCCACUAUUGGUCAGCCUUCCUCAGCUCGCCGCCCACGACCACUUACCCAGCACCAAUUGGCUGUCGAACAGAAUCGGCGCCAGCGUAUCGAUUACCUCCUGGCCAAGCGUAAAAACGAGGCUUACCGGAUUUUACGAGCGAAGAGAGAAAGCGAAGUCCCGUUCGCACGCUACGGUCGCUUGUUGCAAUCUCUUCCGGAAGGUUACGACACUGAGGACGAGGAGGCCUCAUGGGGCAAAGGUGGCUUGAUCCCUCACCACGAGGAAGAAGAAGACUUUGGAGAGUCUGCUGGCUACUUUUUAUCUGUGGUUCGUAAGGCCGCCAGAAGGCUUGACCGCUGGGAUUAUGAAAACGCGAAUGGUCCGAAGAGAGACCGCAAGAAAGAGAGAGAGGAGCGCCAGAAAGCCAGGCAGAACGGCUAUGCCAUGGAUGCCCUUGACCUGAGUGGGCGAACCUCGAUGUCCGCUCGUAGCAGAGCCCGCGCUGCGCGCAAUGCCAGGCGAAAGCUCGCCGAAGCAGAGGCCGGCGCUGCUGGUGCUGCGGCCGGCGGCGAGGCCUCCAAGGGGCAAACUGCUUCAUCCUCCCGCUCCAAGAGCAGCCGAAGUCGCCCUAGCCGCGCUGCUGGCGGGGCGUCUUCAGGUGUGGCAGGCAAGGAUGAUCUCGAUGUUCCUUCGCAAGACCAGGAGCUCUCACCGUUGCCUCCUUCCAUUCGUCUAGCCGAUGAGGACGCCGAUCUCGACGGCGAAGGUCUCGACGACCUGGAUCGCGAACUGCUAGGUGAAGGAAGCGGGGAUGAAGAUGACGCUGCGGAUCGCGACGAUCGAUCUUCGCGCCCAGCAGAGCCUGGUUACGAGGAUAGUUUCAUGGGUGGUGAUGCGGAUGACGACGCCGAAGCGUUAUCAUCUGACGACGAAGUUGACGAUGAGGAGGAUCUCGACGACGGAGAUGGUGGAGUCGAUGUGGACGAAAACUCCUCGACUUUCGAAGGCGGAAAUGGAUACGCUGCCAGCGAGACCUCUUCUGUUGCUGGUGAUACUACCGCUGUCCUAGACGAUGGCAAAGUCUAG